GUCACAUGACUUUACUUCCCCGUGGCUAAUAAUUCAUUCCCUUUCGGAAAGAGUCAAAGGAAUUCCAGCCUCACCUGUCCAGACAUGUCUACUGCGUACAGGAACAGGAUACAAGAGUUCAAAGCAGCUUUAAGUGAAGAAACCAUCAACCUGUCGACUCUGAGGGAGCUGUGCUUCAACGGAAUCCCCUUUGAAGGAGGCAUCCGCUCUCUGUGCUGGAAGAUCCUCCUGAACUACCUGCCCCUCGAUCAAACGCUAUGGGAGUCUUUCCUGAAGAAGCAGAGGGAGGUGUACUCUCAGUUCCUCAGGGAGAUGAUCAUCCAGCCGGGCCUGGCCAAAGCCAACAUGGGUCUGUCCAGAGAAGACGUGACCCUGGAGGACCACCCUCUGAACCCGAACCCGGACAGCCGCUGGAACACGUACUUCAAAGACAACGAGAUCUUACUGCAGAUCGACAAAGACGUCAGGAGGUUGUACCCGGACAUGGCCUUCUUCCAAAGACCCACAGAGUACCCCUGCCAGCUGAUCCUGGACCCUCAGAACGACUACGAGACCCUGAGGACACGGGUGGAACAGACCACCCUGAAGGCCCAGACCGUCAACCGGAACCGCAGCGGGGUCACCAACGUGAGCUCACCUGGGAAGUCCCUGCACCUGUACCCGUCUAACGAGUACGAGGUCCUCCCUGCGGGCAGCGAGGCCCACUGGGAGGUGGUGGAGCGGAUCCUCUUCAUCUAUGCCAAGCUGAACCCGGGUCUGGCCUACGUUCAGGGCAUGAACGAGCUGGUGGGCCCCGUGUACUACACCUUCGCCACGGACCCCAACAGCCAGUGGAAAGAGCACGCCGAGGCCGACACCUUCUUCUGCUUCACCAGCCUGAUGUCGGAGAACAGAGACAACUUCAUCAAGAGUCUGGACGACUCUCAGUGCGGCAUCACCUACAAGAUGGAGAGCGUCUACGCCAUGCUGAGGGACAAGGACCCGCAGCUGCACCACAGACUGGAGGAGCAGAACAUCAAGCCUCAGUACUUCACCUUCCGCUGGCUCACCCUGCUGCUGUCCCAGGAGUUCCUGCUGCCGGACGUCAUCCGCAUCUGGGACACGCUGUUCUCUGACAAGGACCGCUUCCACUUCCUGGUCCUGGUCUGCUGCGCCAUGCUCAUACUGAUCCGGGACAGCCUGCUGUCAGGAGACUUCACCGUCAACAUGAGGUCACUGCAGGACUAUCCCAUCUCUGACGUCCACCUGAUCCUGACCAAAGCCAAAGACCUGCAGGACAACUCCUCCUCAUAACACCUCCUCUGACUCCUGAGCCGAGGAGGUCCUCCUCCUGACCUGAGGUCCUCCUCCUGACCUGAGGUCCUCCUCCUGACC